AUGACCGACACGGCGCUGGACGCCACACCCUCGGCGGUGGAUAAGCCCCGGCCCAUGUCGGCACACUCCGCUUCGGUUCACUCAGACACCUCCGCCGGGUCCGAGUACAGCCCCGAACUCGCGACGACCGCGACGAUGCAGGACAUCUCGCUCGACGACGACAGAGACGCCGACGACUUCCGCACCCCCGAACCCGCCACCACUCCGAGCCUGGAAGACGAGCUGCGCGUGCGCACACCUGAGCCAGCUCCACCUGUGCCCCUCCAGCGCGAGCUGAGCGUCGGCUCAGACCACAGUGCGGAGCACGACACGGACGCAGUUCCGCCUCUUCCCGCAGCUCCCGGUACAGCUGGAUCACCCUUCACCUCCCCGCGCGCUCCCGGACGCAGCCACUCGCGCAACAUCUCCACGGCGUCGGCGGCGUCCGCACUCUCGGCAAUCUCAGGCCACUCGCGCACCACCACCUCCAGCGUGGCGUUCGAGGAGAUCGGCUUCGACGACGGCCCGGGGUGGACCGAGGCACCCGAGAUGGCCCUCCCCCAAGCGGCUAGGAUGGGUGCUGGGCCCCCCAUCGCGGGCGGGUUUUCACCGAUCGCAACAAUGGACUCGCCGAGCGCGCGGUCCGACCACACGAUCGUGGGGGCAGUGACGCCGAGCAAGCGCUCUACGGCCGCGAGCCUUGGUACCCUCGGCGGAGGGCCGGGGUUGCGCGUGCGCGUGAGCGACGGCGAUGUGCCACUCGUUCUUGGCGUCGCUGUCGUCGACUUUAACCAUCUCAUUGGGCCAACGGUCGAGUUCGCACACCCAGCCAGCCUGGCUGAGGCACUUGCAGCCGACGACGAACUGUCCCGCCUCCUUCCCUUCCUCGCCCUCCCUGACGGCGCCCAUCUGUCCGAGGAGGACUACUCCUACUUCCACUGCGCUUUCAACCCCAAGGCUGGGACGGAGCCCAACACCGACGUGCCAUGGGGCCGGACGAUCUUUGGCAUCUCAUGUAACCGUCAGAUCGCGGCGUCGGACCUCCUGCACAAGUCCUCCGACGUCACCCGCAGUAUGGUGCAGAAGGCCGUCGUUGUGCUGGCUUCGCAGCCCGUGUUUGGGCCCGUGCGAGAUCGCCUAGGCGUCGUCACACGCACGUUCUUCGCCCAACGCGACUUUGGCAGCACUCAGAUCCUAAACGACUUCUACGAGAGCCUCGAGGCUGGCCUCGAGGGCAAGGCCGGCGAGAGCGCAAUCUACAUGGGCACGUCCCUCCGCGAGCUCGUGCACAAGUUCCGGCAUCGCACGCUCGUGCUUCUCAAGAUGCUGUUAUUGCAGAAGCGCAUCAUGCUCUACGGCUACCCCGUCGAGAUGCUCUGCACGUACCAGUACUCACUCGUCUCGCUCGUGCCGGGGCUGCUCAUGAAUUUGCGUGACUGUGGCUCGCCCAUGCUCGACGCGAGGACACUGCGCACACGCCCCACGUCACUGCGCACGAGUGACCGCGCGAGCCUCCUGCGGUACAUGGGCCUUCCCCUCCACCUGUUCGGUGCGGACGCGGUGUUCCAGCCCUACCUCCCGCUGCAGCAGAUGGACAUGCUCCAGGCGCACUCGUGGCUUGUCGGCACAACAAACCAGAUUGUCACGCAACAGAGGGACUGCAAAUACGACCUGCUUAUCGAGAACAUGACGUUCGAGUUCCCCGACCACAAGGUCGAGCGGCUGAUCGCGCUCACAGCGGCAGACCGCAAGUGGAUGGACGACAUAGUCAAGACGGUCGAGGACAGCUGGAACUUACCCGAGGGCGAGCGACCAGGCUUCCUCGGGAGCGACGACGACUUACGCAACCGCUUCGAGGAGUACCUGUGCGCCUUCCUCGCGUCGAUCAAGUAUGCCGACUUCAUCGGGCAGAAGGGCGCGCAUGACACGACGGCUUCUGGCGUAGGUGCGCCAGCCGAGUCAAACCCACUCCUGCACUUCGGUGAGGCGUACACUGAGGCGUUCCGACAGACGCCUGCGUACGAGCUGUGGGACAGCACGACGGACGAAGUCAUCUUUGACUUGACCGAACCGCGCCACCCAAUGGAGGGCAAGGUGAGCGCAUUCGGGGACGUGGGUAUUCGUCUCGCCGAGGGUCUGCACGACCUGAAGAUUGAGGAGAGCCUGGCCCCAACCCGCGCGGCCAUGAGCAGCGCGUUCGCGGCCGGCUCGUCGUCGCUCUUCCGCGCGUUCGACGGUGUGCGCUCAGAGGUGAACAACCGCCUCGAGGCGGAGAAGGCUCGGCGUGCGUCGGCCACCGCCGCCGAACGUGAGAGGAACAGUCCGAACGGCUCGCCAAAAGGUUCGCGUCCCAGCUCCGCAGCGGCCUUGGCGCCAUCCACGCCGGCCGCCAACCGGCCAGAAUCCGUCGCCUCGAACCGCUCUGGCAACUCGACGGGUGCCGCCGGCACGUCCCCGGCCGCGUCGCCCGGCGUAGAUGUCCGCGCGACGCUCGGGACCGUCGGGAGCAGCAUCUCUGGCUUCUUCGGGAGCCGCAUGGCGACCUUCUCUCGCUCUCCUGCUCCACCACCCCAGGCCGAACGGCGUAAUUCGGGGCUGCGGCCUAUGAGUUUAGCGGGCAGCGCGGCAGCUGCCAGCCCCAAGAAGCCCGGUACAUAG